UGUCUACGCACGCCCCCCCACCCCGUACGGAUCGCUCUCCCCAGUAUUAUGUACGGAAGCAGACGUGCGCUAACCUGAGAGGUGCGCUUCUGCCUGUCUGCCGUGUCCUUUUAGCUCUUAUGGAGUCCCGCGCCAGCCGGUGAAUCUUCUUUUGAAAGUCACACACGCGUGUGCUCGUAUGUUGGUGUGCAUGUACUGUAUGUGUGCGCCUGUGCGCUGUGGGCUAGUUUUCCCGAUGGCCGCCUCCCCUAUAGCACACCCCCGCCCGCCCCCUCCUCCUCCUCCUCCUCCUGCAGCUGCCGAGUCAGGUACUGCAGGGUUAACGGCUGGGAGCUGUGAAACGCCACCAGAAAGAAGCUGGUGUGUUAAGCUGAAUUGGCGUAUAACAUCGCCACAUAAUCUUAUUAUUUCUUCGUGUCUUUUAUUCUUCUUCGCCUAAUUAUUUAAUGUCUGUGUGUGUGUGUGUGCGCGUAACUGACAAGCAGCAGCCCGGCGCCGAGUUGCACCACACAGCGUCUCUGUUGUGCUGAAGCAGACUGGUAACGAUGAACGCCUGAACGAGGGAGCAGAUGCCAUUUCCCGAAGCGCAAGUGUUUGCCGAUCCUGAGAAGUCUUCUUGUGCAUCGACUGUCCUUCCUUCGAAGGAAAAGGAAAGAAACAGCUUGCCUGCCAUGUGUUGGGGUGCACCACAAAGGUGCCAUUGUCUUCAGCGCCGUUCCUGCUGUCGAGAAGUCAACGUGCAGUUGUCUUGAGGAUGUCACCCGCUCCGCUUGAAGACAGAGACAGUGAUGUCGGGAGGGAAAGAGACAAUUCCAGCGGUGUCUGAUGGCACACCUUUCUCUCUGACAAAGCGCUCUCCUGCUGCCAUGACAACCCUGACACUGGCCUUGCUGCUGCUCGCUGUGCUGCUUCAAUUGGCUGAGCCCGCCUUCCCCGAUGAGCCAGCGCCACUCAGCGUGGCCCCCGUGAACGCUGUGUCAGAGUAUGCGGUGUUCACUGGACGGGCGUAUGCAUCCCAGUCGAGUCCGAGGAAUCUCCACAUUGUGACUGUGCUGAAACUCAAACGCACCCUGCUCAUUGGAGGCAGGGAUAGCAUCUACAGCUUAGACCUGGAACAUCAGCCGCAAGAUGAAAUAUUCUACCGCAAGAAGAUCACAUGGGAGCCCACCGAAGAGAACAUCAAGAAGUGCUUGCAGAGGGGGAAGAGGAAGGAAGAGUGUCGGAACUUUGUGAAGGUCCUGCUGUCCUUUGACAAUGGAACUCUGUUCGCCUGCGGGACGAAUGCGUUCAGCUCAACUUGUAUAAAACUUGGGGCAGACUCUCUGGAGCGGAUCGGAGACCCAGUCAGUGGAACCGCAAGAUGCCCACAGGACGUCCAGUACAACAGCGUUGCCAUACUUGCAGAUGGAAGUCUCUACACUGCAACAGCGAUAGACGUCCGUGGGAUCGACCCCGUCAUCUACAGGAGUCUGAAGGAGGGCACCCCAAACCUGCGUACAAACAAGUAUGAAUCCAGAUGGCUGCAAGAUCCUCAUUUUGUCCACUCUCUGGAAUGGGGAGAACACGUCUACUUCUUCUUCCAUGAGAUCGCGCAGGAAUACCUCUAUUUGGAAAAGAUCUUAAUAUCCCGUGUUGCACGGGUUUGCAAGAAUGACAUGGGUGGCUCGCCGAGGGUCUUGGAUGGCCAGUGGACCACAUACCUCAAAGCCACCCUGAACUGUUCGGUGCCUGGAGACUCGAAUUUCUACUUCAAUAUUCUGCAGAGCAUGACCGACAUCGUGACCAUCAAUGGGAGGGAAAUGGUGCUGGGAGUUUUUUCCACCCCGUCCAACAGCAUUCCCGGCUCCGCGGUGUGUGCUUUCGACUUGCAGACGCUAAGUGCAACCUUUGACGGGACCUUCAAGAUGCAGAAAUCCUCCGAUAACUAUUGGACCGUUGUCCAAGAUAACGAUGUCCCCAAGCCCAGACCCGGAACUUGCAUCAUCCCAAACACCACUUAUAGCUCCAAGAAUCUUCCGGAUGAUGUGCUCAGAUUUGUCAGGGAGCACCCCUUGAUGAACGAUGGAGUCCCCUCGCUGGGGAACUACCCUGCGGUCGUACGAACGGUACUCCAGUACCAGUUCCGCGAGAUCGCCGUGGACACGGAGGCCGGCCCUUACGGCAACUACACGGUCCUCUUUCUGGGCUCCAGCUCUGGCAUCAUCUUCAAGUUCCUCUUCAGCCCAAAUCUGACCCCGAAUAUGCACAGCUCCACCAUUUUUCUGGAAGAGUUUGACAGCUUUAACCCUGAGAAGUGUGGGGGGAACAGCUCGCAAUUCAGGCGCUUGGAGCACCUCGUCCUGGAUAAGCCCAGCAACUCCCUGCUGGUCACCUUCCCAUUUUGUCUCGUCAGGGUUCCUGUGGCUCGGUGCCAUCUUCACACACUCUGCAUGAAAAACUGUAUUUCCACUCGGGACCCCUACUGUGGCUGGACGAAAACCAACACGUGUACCUUUCUGGAGCCAGGGGCCAGGUACCCCUUUGUUCAGGAUGUGGAUUAUGGAGACACGUCUCAUUUGGGAUCCUGUGAAGGGCUCCAGCAGGAGAACUUUGUGAAGGACCCGGAAGGCAUGGUCUCCGUCAACAUAGUGGUGGCAUCGGCGGUGGCCGCGUUUGUCGCUGGCGCCUUGCUCUCUGGCCUCUCCGUCUGCUGGUUUAUGAGGCACCAGCACCAACUUCGGAAUGCUGUCAACUCGGGAAAUUCCAGAUUUCGAGGAGAGACAACACAAAGCAUGAUUACGCACUCGACGGGGUCGGUAAUGAGCGUCACCCGACCCAAUGGAGGCUACGGUGGAAAUGACCAGGCACCUCCCAGGAGCCAGUCAGAAACUUUGCUUUCACCCCUGAUAAUGCAGAAUGAAUGGCAUAAGGCCAUGAUGGGGUUGACCUCAACGGACGUCGACGGCGAAGGCAUCUUGCCCACUCCAGAGCAAACCCCACUUCAGCAGAAACGGCGGCCGCCUGGGCUGCAGCUGAGCGGGCUGGAUGGCACCUGGGAGCAGACCGCCGUGUACUUCGGCUCGGGCCCAGUGGCCUGCCAAGGCUUAUCCACUUCUGUUAUGUACCUGAGCUCCAAGAACCUCCCUUCUGCCGUCAGCAUGGGAAGGGGGGUCCGGCAGUCCUGCGUGGACCGAGGCAGCACUUGUCAGCUGGCAGACCGCCCAUACCUUGCGUUGGCGAUGCCGGAGCAUCGGCCUAUGCCAUCUAACCACAGGAACUCUUCGGGGGACUACCCGUACCCCGUCACCCCUAAGGAUAGCCCCAACAGAAGAAAGGUGGUCUCUGCUCCCAAUACCAAUCUGGAUUUAGGAGAUCACAUAUGUGGUAACCCAGAAAGCCUUCGUUGUAACGGCAACAGUUCUUCCUCCAUGCGGGCCAGCAGCCAGCACCUGCACCACUGCAAAAGUCACAGCCAGAGCAGCCAGCAGAUGCAGCAGGGCAGCCUGGGCCUGCUGAGCUCGUCUCUCCACCAGACCUCGUUUCACGGCCUGGCAGACUUUGGCAGCGAAAGGACUCCUACAGGGCAGUGAGGAGGCACGGGGAGGGCCAAGAUGGAGAGUGACCCGCACACAGUUUGGAAAUGAAUUGCCGCUCUUCUUUGCCGGUGAGGCUACGACGCCACUCCCCCCCCCCGGUGGGCUGAGCUUCUCACUUACUUGCUGUGUUUCUCGAUUUACCCUUUUUAGCAAGUGAGCCGAAGUCCACACGUUCAGUCUACCUCCACCGCACCUCUUGAGGACAGGGCCGACCUGCCAGGCAAGGGGGCAUCACCUCCUGCUGCUGCUGCUGCCCCCCCUCAGGCAUGUACCGGUCCAAGGUGGCACCGAGUGCCAGGAGGAGAAGACGUCAUCGUCCUUGGAGAGCUGAAACGGGGACUCGUCAAGCCGAACUGAAGCUCUGUAAAUUGGAAACACAGCAUUUUAUUUAAAAAAAAAUAAUAAUAAUACAACGAGUAACGUGAAUGUUCAGUGUACGUCGUCGGGACGGGAUAUCCAGUAGGCAAAAAUACAAAAGGAACGGGGACUUCUCCGAAUGUGACAACCUCCACAGGAGUGAAAACUGCAAAGAAAAGAAA